AACGCUUGGUUACCGACGUACGGAUUAUGGUACGGCCUUUGUAGUAGUGUGAAGUGUAAACUGUAAACUAUAACAGUCGGCAUACGUUACUCUGGUAUAAAGGCUGUUUGCUGUCCAUAUAGAGAACAAUAGAAAAAUUGUAUAGUAUUUUUAGUUAAAACUUUAGAGGUACACUAGAAAAUAUAUGGCUUUUAAUACAAGUGGAGAAGGUAUUGUCCGUUUUGUAAUUUAAAAUAAGGUUUCAGCCAUGAGAAGGAAUUGUUUAAGACUACUACGUAACAUAAUACUGUUAACAAUUGUUGUAAUAUUAAUAUACACUAUUCACACUAUAGUGGAUAUAAAAAGAAUAUCAGAUGUUUUUCCAGCCCAGAGCUACUGGCAAAGAACAAUUCAAAAUGAAAAUAAAUAUUUUAUACCAUCUAGUUAUAAGAAAAUAGAUUGGCAUAAUUAUAAACAAAUUGAAUAUGAAAAGAAAAGAACAGGUAUUGGUGAACAUGGUUUACCAGCACAUUUGCCAAUCAAAGAUUCAGAAAUAGAGAAGGAUUUGUAUGCAGUCAAUGGUUUUAAUGGAGCCUUAAGUGACAAAAUACCAUUAAACAGAUCUCUACCAGACAUCCGUCAUCCUGGUUGUCAAAAUAGGCUGUACAUUGAAUCCUUGCCAACCGUUAGUGUAGUAGUCCCAUUUCAUAAUGAGCAUUGGAGUACAUUGUUAAGAACAGCAUACAGUGUCCUUAACAGAUCACCAACUUUUCUUAUAAAAGAAGUGUUUCUGGUGGAUGACGCCAGCACUAAAGACUUUCUUAAGGAACAGCUUGAUGAUUAUGUAUCAAAACAUAUGCCUAAGGUAAAAAUAAUCCGACUUAAAUCUAGAAGUGGUUUGAUAGCUGCUCGAUUAGCCGGUGCGGAGAAAGCUACAGCUGAUGUCCUGGUUUUCCUUGACUCACACACAGAAGCCAAUGUCAACUGGCUACCCCCACUCCUAGAGCCCAUAGCGUUGAAUUACAAGACAGUGGUGUGUCCAUUCAUUGAUGUUGUUGCGUAUGAUACGUUUGCGUAUCGGGCUCAAGAUGAGGGGGCUCGUGGCGCGUUUGACUGGGAACUGUUCUACAAGCGACUGCCGGUGUUACCAGUUGAUGAGGCGAAUAUGCCAGAGCCAUUUCCGAGUCCAGUAAUGGCGGGUGGUCUGUUCGCGAUAUCACGCGUAUUUUUCUGGGAACUUGGCGGAUAUGAUCCCGGUCUUGAUAUAUGGGGUGGGGAGCAAUAUGAGCUCAGCUUUAAGUUGUGGCAGUGUGGUGGAAAAAUGUUGGAUGCGCCAUGUUCUCGUGUUGGACAUAUUUACAGGAAAUUCGCACCCUUCCCCAAUCCCGGCCACGGAGAUUUCGUUGGGAAGAAUUACAGACGAGUCGCGGAAGUGUGGAUGGACGAAUACGCUCAAUACUUGUAUAAAAGGCGUCCACACUAUUUGAAAAUAGACACCGGCGAUAUAUCCAAGCAGAAGGCCUUGAGGGAGAAACUUCAGUGCAAACCGUUCAAAUGGUUCAUGACUCAGAUAGCUUUUGACCUGACGGCGAAGUAUCCGCCGGUCGAACCAAAACCUUUCGCAGAGGGACGUAUAAGGCCGGCUACAUAUCCUCAUUUAUGCGUGGAUGCUCAUCAUGGCAACCAAAUGGACAAAUUACAUUUGAAGUCCUGUACAGCAUCUACAUCUGCCGAACAAAACUUUGUGCUGUCAUGGCAUAAAGACAUUAAGUCAAAGACUCGGAAUAUGUGCUGGGACCUGCCGGAUUCUUCUCCAAGGAGUCCUAUACUCUUGUACAGUUGUCACCUGGGGGGAGGAAACCAGCUCUGGAGAUAUCAUCCCGAGUCCAGGCGUCUCAAACACGGUACAAAUGACAAUUGUUUAGAUUUUGAAAUAUCAACGAGAUCCGUUUUCAUAAAGCAGUGUUCAGACUCAGAAACCCAGGAGUGGAUCAUAGAUAAAGUAGAUAACGCCAUGUUGGCGACGUGGGAUACCAUCGCCAAAAGAGUUACUGGUCCCGUUGAGGAGUAAUUAUUGUCUGUGGUAUAGACAUGACAGUCAGAUUUUGUCUAUGGUACCGAGCGCGGUUAAUGUAAUAUUAUAAUUAACAUUCAUUCAAAACAAUAAUGUUUUUUACAAGAAAAUUACAACAUUGUUUUGAGCAGAAAUUAAUUACUUUUUAACUGUUAGAAGUAUAUUUAAGUAAAAAAAACACAAUGCUUUUAUAUAUAAAUGUAGGACUAAAAAUAUAAAAUAUUUUAAAUUUUUAUAUUCCACUCUUAAAUUUCAGUUAUACAGUUUUCUAUUUUAAAUACUUGGCUUUGAGAUUUUUAAUUCUAUAAAUAAACGUAAUAAUUGACCUUGCUGUUAAUUUUCCCGGGACUAUCGUUCUGAGCUAAUAUUCUGUUACUACCAAAUAAAGUUGUGUUUCAUUUUUUGAAUGCGAUUAAUAAAAAUCAGGUAAUUAUGUUUUUUUCUCUCUAUAAUUAAAACAAUAUGCACAUCAAGUUCCGGGAUAUCGUGUUUGUGUUGCAGGUUCAGUCCCGCUUGUGUCAAUGAAUUUUUUCAUGCUAUAUUUUAUCUUUGAAUUUUAAUUCUAAUGUGUUAAAUUACGUAAAAUACUGACGUAAAUAGAUGAUGUCACGACUGAAAUUUUUUUGAUAUAUUUAAACUUAAUUACAUUCUCUAUUUGCAGUUAUUAUUGUUUCUAUUAUUUUUUACAAAAAAGAAAGUAAUAGUUUUAUCUUGCCACUGACUAUUAUACUCUUUUUAUCUGUCCCUAAUCAUAUAUAUUAUUUAGGGUAAAAUCUGUCAAAAUUGUCGUAAAUCCGUCCAGAAAUGUUUUUUUUUUUUAAUUUUAAUUUGCUAAUGUUGCUAAUUACCGUUAAAAGUGUAAAAUCUAUAGGAGUAGUGAAGAGCCGUCUCAUUUAAUGGAGUAAAAUCGCAAUAUUAUAUAAAUAUUAUUUAAGUAAUAAUUUAUUAAAUGGAACCACUUGAGACUUAAAAUUCGUUAUGAUAGAAAAAAGAAUGUAUGCAUCUGCACGCAUAAUAACGUUAUUUUGUAAUAUUUUUAAGAACGUAAAGAGUAUGCACGCAAUUAAUUUGUAAUAAACAAAAAAUAAAAUAGGUUUCAUUAAAUUUCACUGUCAGUUUUUGCAAAAUUUUAAAUAAAUAUAUGUUUUAAAAUUAUAUAAAUGAAAAACAAAAAUGGGAAAUAAAAUUAGUCGAUUAAAACAA